AACAACAACCUCAAAAUCACGAAAAAAAUAAAUUCGAAGUGGAUUGACACUUGAGGUUAUGUUGACUUAAAAAUAUUUAUUAUUCUUUUGAUAAGGCAUUCACCAAUCUCUUUUAUGGGUCAAAAAUAAUAAAUUUAUAUAUUUUAGGGAAAAACUUAUUUAUUAUUACAUUAAUUAAUCAUGAACAAAUUGAAGUAAAUGUGUGUAUUGGGUUGCCUACACUCUACACUACAAUUAUUUUUAAAAUGACAUAACCUUAAAAUUUUUCGUACUAAUUUAAACUAUUAUGUUUAAUAAUACUUUAGUUGUAAUGCAACCUUUGAAACGAUUGAUAACGCAACGAAAAUCGCGAAGUCACUCAGUUAAAUGUAUUUAGUAAGAGUGUUACGAAAGUUUUCGAUUAGAUACGUUAAUAUUUUAUGGUAUAGAGGUUAUGUAUUCAACAAUUUAAAAAGAAAAUUUGUUGAUAUGGCCGCUUAUCGGAAUCCGAAUAUAUUACGAGGAUUUAUGGAUCGUUAUAAUGGGAUUAUUAUAUCAUCGGAGGUAGAAGAUUGUGAUAUUAAAGAUUUUCCAAUGAAACUGGAGGAAUCAUUGAAGUACUGGGAUAAUCAAAAAUUAAGAGGAAUUUGGUUUAAAGUUUUUAUGGAACACUCGGAAUGGGUCCCCGUUUUAACCAAAAGCGGUUUUAAAUUUCAUCACGCGAAAGAACACUACAUAAUGUUGUAUAAGUGGCUUCCGAAAGAUGAACCUUGCGCUAUCCCACCUUACGCACACACAACUUUGGGUGUUGGAUGCUUGGUCGUUAACGAAAACGAUGAAAUAUUAGUCGUACAAGAAAAUCAUCUCAAAUUCGAUCAUUGGAAAUUACCCGGAGGGUACGUAGAACCCGGUGAGAAUUUAAUCGAUGCUGCAAUAAGGGAGGUUUUCGAAGAAACCAACAUAAAAACGAAAUUUGACAGUUUAUUGACGUUAAGACAUGGACACGGGGGAACUUUUGGGUGUUCAGAUUUAUAUGUGGUGAUUUCGUUGAAACCGUUAAAUGUUGAUAUAAAGAAAUCACAAUUUGAAUUAGCUGAUUGUAAGUGGAUGAAAUUGGAUGAGUACAUGAAUCACCCACAAGUACAUAAAUUAAAUCGGUUGUUUUUGAAGAAUUAUUUGGAUUAUAAAAAGGAUAAAAUAUGUAUACAAUGCGAAAAUGAUGUUCACCCGAUUCUAAAAAAGCCUUACUCGGUUUAUCAUGUUAUUAAAGAUAAAUUAUAAAUAAAUUUGGGAAUUUUAAGGUUAUGUCAAUUUUUAGGUUAUGUUUAGUUUUAGGCAAUAAUUAUUUUUGUGUAAAUUUCAUUGAAUCUUUAAAAAAAGAUAUGGAGGAGGUUAAUAUUAAGGAUAAUCAAAGAGUAAAUACAAAAAAAUCAAAUAAAUUGUAUUUUUAAGA